CACAGGAGGAAGCUCACUAUGGCUCCAGCCCCCUGGCCAUGCUGACGGCAGCGUGCAGCAAAUUUGGUGGCUCCAGCCCUCUCCGGGACUCAACGACACUGGGCAAAGUAGGAGCAAAGAAGCCAUACACUGUGGGCAGUGACCUUUCAGCCCCAAAAACCAUGGGGGAUGCCUACCCAGCCCCCUUUUCAAGCACCAAUGGGCUCCUCUCACCUGCUGGCAGUCCUCCAGCACCCACCUCGGGCUAUGCAAAUGACUACCCUCCCUUUUCCCAUUCAUUUCCUGGGCCUACGGGCACACAGGACCCUGGGCUACUAGUGCCCAAAGGGCACAGCUCUUCUGACUGCCUGCCCAGUGUCUACACCUCCCUGGACAUGGCACAUCCCUAUGGCUCCUGGUACAAGGCGGGCAUCCAUGCAGGCAUCUCACCAGGCCCAGGCAAUGCUCCCACCCCUUGGUGGGACAUGCAUCCUGGGGGCAACUGGCUUGGUGGUGGUCAGGGCCAGGGUGAUGGGCUGCAAGGGACACUGCCCACAGGCCCUGCUCAGCCUCCACUUAACCCCCAGCUGCCCACCUACCCAUCUGACUUUGCCCCCCUUAAUCCAGCCCCAUACCCAGCUCCCCACCUCCUACAACCAGGGCCUCAGCAUGUCCUGCCUCAAGAUGUCUAUAAACCCAAGGCAGUGGGCAAUAGUGGGCAGUUGGAGGGGAGUGGUGGCGCCAAACCCCCGAGGGGUGCAGGCACCGGGGGCAGUGGUGGAUAUGGGAGCAGUGGGGCGGGGCGCUCCUCUUGUGACUGCCCCAAUUGCCAAGAGUUAGAGCGCCUGGGGGCAGCUGCAGCCGGGCUGCGGAAGAAGCCCAUCCACAGUUGCCACAUUCCCGGUUGCGGCAAAGUGUACGGCAAGGCCUCACACCUGAAGGCCCACUUGCGCUGGCACACGGGUGAGAGGCCCUUCGUCUGCAACUGGCUCUUCUGCGGCAAGAGGUUCACCCGUUCAGAUGAGCUGGAGCGCCAUGUACGCACUCACACCAGAGAGAAGAAGUUCACCUGCUUGCUCUGCUCUAAGCGCUUUACCCGAAGUGACCACCUGAGCAAACAUCAGCGCACCCACGGCGAGCCAGGCCCUGGGCCCCCUCCCAACGGCCCCAAGGAGCUGGGGGAGACCCGCAGCACGGGGGAAGAGGAGGCCAGUCAGACCCCCAGACCUUCCACCUCACCUGCACCCCCAGAGAAAGCUCCUGGAGGCAGCCCUGAGCAGAGCAACCUGCUGGAGAUCUGAGCUGGGUGGAGGGUCUCCACCUCAGGGCUGUUCUGCCAGCCUCUCCUGGCUCCUGGGCCACUGCUUGCCCCUCACCCCUUUGUCCCAUGCAUGCUGCCCCUUGGGGUUUUCUCCAUCUCUCUCCUGGUCAUUCCGGGCCUGAGUAUUCCCUGCACGCUUCCUCAUCUCAUCUCCUCCCUUCACUAUAAUCCUGGCUUUCAGCAAACUCUCAUCCCAGGCCCUCACCUUGUGCCUGGUUCCUGCACUCUGGCUUCCUAAGCUCUUCCCUCAUUCCGGCCCACAGGUUCUCUCUCCCUGUUCUUGCUAUACCACUUCACUUUCCUUCCAACUGGGCUCCCAGCUCUUUAUCUCUCCAUCUCACUAACUCUUUGACAUGCAUCUCUUCUGCUCUCCAAGCUUAUUUAUCUCUUCCUCAGCUUCUAGGCUUGUCUCCCCAACUUCUUACUCCACUGCUUUCCACUCUCCAGAGCUUUCUUCCUUUCUGUAAACACAAUGAUAAUAAUGAUGAUAAUUUAUUGCCCCCUGGUGGCCCUUCAUUAGGGACCAGGAUUAGGGGGACUGGGGUUAGUGACCUGGCAGAAAGCAGGGUGCCAAGAUGGGGGCAGACCAGCGGGGAUCUGAUCCCAAAGAUGGGGUGACCCCAGGGUCAGGGAGGCUGCCCCCAGGCCUGUGUAUUUAACCCCUAUGUACCAAGAAUAAUGAAUAAUAAUAAUAAUAAUUCUAUUUAUCUAAGUUAUGAUGACAGGUCAGGUAGAGUGAACUGGGGAGGGAAAGGGGUCCGUUUCUGCUAAGGCAAUUCUAGCCAAAUGCAUCUCUGUGUAAAUGAAGUGUUAGUGGAGAUCUUGUUAAUAGGAUUCCUAUAAUCAGGGUCUCAGUUAAUGACGUUUCUCUUUUAAUGGAGUCUCUGCUAGUAGGGUUGGUUAGCUAGAUGUAUGUUAAAGAGUUAACGGGGAUAUCUCUCAAUUUGGGAAUCCCUAGUAUCCCCAGCCCCAGCCAGAAGCUGUGAAACCUCAAAUCCUAUGGAAGGGAGAAGGACUGGAAUGUACCCCAGCUCCCUUGACCCCAGAGCAGGUUCUUCCCACUGCUUCUCAGACACCAUGACCCCAUCAGGCUAAUCCCCUGUUGCCAUGGUUAUGGAGAGUUUGAGGCUACCAUUUUAGACAUGCUUUCUUGGGAAAACCCACCUAACAGGAGGAGGACAUUGAUUUGGAGGUGUCUCUCCUGAAUGGGUGGGGAAGCUUUCUCUGGGAUCAGAUUCAAAUAGAUCAAGCAUUUAUUGAGUGCCUACUAUGAGUAAGGCACUGUAUUAGGCCUGGUGCCUAAAAACCAUGAGAAGGAAGAAAUUAUCGAGCUAGGAGGGCAUAGGUCCCCAAAGCUGAUUUAGGGGUGUGUCCACAGGCCCCCUACCUAGGACUUCUGAUGCUCCCAACUCCACCUCCAGUGACUUUUAAAGCCGCUUCGUGCCUUUGAAUACUUUUCCUGUGACUUUGGAUCCUCCUUUUCCCAUCCCUGCUCCCUCAAGCCCCAAGUUAAAGGGUUAAAGCCGCUGGAGCUUGGGGAGUGGGUCAUAUUGUGAAAGGAAAGGGACCAUGCCCUCAUGGAGUCUUUUUUAAAAAAUUUAAUAAAUAAAAAUCUGAUUUGAAAUAU